UUUAUGAAUUAUAUUUGUAAAACGUGACGGAAAGAAAUUUUUGAAAAUUUAUUUAAAUUAUAAUUUUUUAAAUGCUAACUGAUAUUAGAUUUUUUGAAACUAAGAAUUUUUUCCAUGAAUUUACGCAAAUAGGAAUCUUUUUCAGAGAAGAAUAAAUCUUAGUUUAUAUAUAACGAAAAAAAUGGAAGAUUAUGAUGAUAUAUUAUCUGAUAAAUCUUACAAUGAAGAAGCUUAUUAUAGUGAUCAGAUAAAUAGUGAUAUUGAAGCUGAGCUAUAUGGUUUGGUACAUCAUGAUACUCAAGAUAAUUCUAUUUCUCUUCAAGAUGAAUCUGAUUCUGUAGAAAUCAAAUCUGUUUCUCUGGAAGACAAAUCUGCUUGUAUAAAAAAUAAUUCUAAUUUAUUUCAAAACAGCAUGGGUCCAACUGAUGAUAAUUCUGCACUAGUACUUCCAGCUACUUCAAUUACAGCUGAAGAUACUAUAAAUUCAGCUAAGAAACUGAAAAAUACUGUCAAAAAGAGCUCUCAGAAUUACAGUUCUCCUAUUAAAAAUAAUACAGAUUUCUUUUGUUCAGAUACAAUUAUAAAUAAUAAUUUAUACAUGAGUUUUGAAAGUCCAGUUAGGAAAAAGAGCAUUCAGAACAAUCUAGUACAAAGUAAAAAUUCAAAAAGUAAUGCAGCUGAGAGGCCUGCCAAACGAAAAUCUGAUGUAGUAUCUGAAAUUUUAGGAAAUAUUCAAUUAAAAAAGAACAGAAACUCUAAAUCAAUACAAUCCAAAGAUAGUGCAAGUAAACGAAAUGAAAAUAGUCGUAAUAAUAAUUCUAUAAUAUCUGAAACAGAUUCGUUUGUUGAAGUUGUUGAUAGUUCCAGUGAUAGUGAUAGUGACAGCAGCAUUGUUUUUCUUGAACCUGAUCAGUCAAACCUUCAAACAAAUAUAGCAAAAGAAACAGUUGUCUUAAGCUCAGAUUCUGAAAAUUCUGAUUCAUCUAUAGAGAGAAGUCUAUCUCAAGCUUGUCGAAAAAAACAGACUACAGCAUCAAAUACAGAUCUUAAUCCAACAAUUAAAGAUCCAUGGCAUAUAAAUUCUGAGGAUAAAUUUCGCACUAGGAAACAGUCAAAUCGAUAUCAUGAAAAUGCUGUUAUAACUUGUUCUAAGUGCCAGUUAAAAGGACAUAGUGCAAAAUUUUGCUCUAUUCCAAAAGCUGUGAAAUGUUUCUUUUGUGGUGAUAAUCACGCAGGAUCAGAUUGUAAAAAUAAGAUUUGCACUAAGUGUUUCCGACUAGGCCAUGACCGUAGACUCUGUUAUAUUCAUUAUAUUGACACCUGUGAAUUGUGUCGCAUGAGAGGUCACUCAGAAAGGAAUUGUCCUGAUCUGUGGAGAAGAUACCAUUUGACGACAUCAAAAGGAAGUAUUGUUAAAGGGAAUCCAAAUCCUCAUAUUCCACUUUACUGUUAUAGUUGUGGUUCAAAAGGACAUUAUGGUGCUGAGUGCAUGGAAAUUCGUACAAACAGAUGGUAUUUUCCUACAUGGCCAUCAGUUAUCAGCUAUAAAAAUCCUGUAUCUGUCCUACAAAGAGAGAGAGAAAAGGACUUCCAUGAAAGAAGUAAAUUUGAUAGGACACCUUUGUUUCAUAGAAGAAAAAGAUACGAAACAUUUUCUAAUGAUACACCUACACACAGUAAAAAAAAGAAGAAAAAGAAGAAGUCUUCCAAGAUUUCACCAAAUGGCAGCCACCAAUCUGCAACUAGACCUAAAACUUCAUUUCAAAAUGAAGUAUAUUUUCCUAGAACUCCCAAAACUCCGAGCUCUAUGACUCCAAGUUCAAGCGCAGUACGUCCUAACAAAAAGAAAUUCAAAAAAUUUAAAAGUAAAGAAGACCGCGUUACAAGUCAGCAAAUGAUGCAUCGAAUUGGAUUACAACAGAGACUUGGUUUGCCAUUUCCUUCCACAAUCUAAAUUAUUUUGAAAUCCUUUGUAAAAAGAAAUAUAUUUGUUACAUUUUUUUUACAAGCAAAAAAAUAUAUUUCUCAUUUUGUGUCAA